AUGAAAGAGGCCGGCGCAAAGUGUGCGCUGCUUUUGGGCCUAAUCCUGCUGCUUGCCACGAUCCUUGGCAUUGACGGCUAUUCACAGGUUGUGGUCAGUGGCAGCACUGAUGGUUCAGAUCAAGGACCGCGCAUCUAUAAAGCGCUCAACACGGAUUUGAUAUUUCCCAAAAUUUUCAACUCAACCGAUAAUGUGGUAUCCACAACAACGACAACGACGACUGCGUUACCUCCGCCCAUACCCUAUAAUCAUCAGCAGGAGCAGGAACCCUUCGUAUUUGUAACGCCAUCGCAUCAACAGCAACAGGAGCAGAAUCAGGAGCAGGAACAGGAACAGGAGGAAGCUUCGAGCGAGGAGCCACCAGUUGGCUUGGCUGAAGCCACCGCCACUGGACGUGCCGUCGACUAUCGCACCAAAUAUCCCUUUGGCCAGCUCAUAACGCCACUGGUGAAGACGGGACGACCACAGCAGUUCAAGCCUAAGUCGCGUCCCGGCCAGCAACGCAAUCGGCCCAAGGGCAGCCGCUACCAGACGCCCAAACAAGGCUAUCGACGGGGUUCAAUUGCGGAUCGUUUUGCGCCUGGACAAGCAGUCGCCGCGUCCCUAUUUAAGAGUCAUCAUGACCACAGCUUCGAUGGCAAACUGGCAGCUGGCUCCGAUGCGGUGCCCUCGUAUGUCCCACCCAAGAAUAUCUAUUCCUUUCCGCCACUCAACACCAACUAUCCAUCACCAUCGGAUGAUGCCAAGACGGGUCAAUCUUCGGAUGCGGUUACAAGUUAUUUGCCACCCGCAUCGGGUGGUGGUUAUGUCUAUCCUGGUCCUGCCGUUGACUCCUCGGGCUAUCUGUAUCCCAAGCCAAGUGAUGGGGAUAAGGCUAAAGCUGCCAGCACAAUGAGUACGAUGUCCGCCGUUCCACCGGAUGAUGAUCCGGGCAAUGAUGAUACGAUUGGCGUCCUGCCUGCGAGUGCACAGGACAAUUUACCACCGACUAACAAUCAGGCGGGCCAGGAUGCGGGUGGUGCUGGCGGCGAUGCCGGCUCUUCGGAUGAUGGCCCUCCCGAUGGGGGCGAUGAUGCCAAACCUGCUGGCGAUGAUGGACCACUGCCCGCCUUGGAUAAUAGUGGAGGUCAGCAGGCGAGCGAUGACAAUAAAUACGAUCCUCAAAUGGAGUAUGCAACACCUCCUCCAGGCUGGCUCGAAGCGCACCCGGAUUCAGCAGCACCAAAGCCAGCUGAUCACGAUCAUGUUCACGAUCACGAUCAUGUUCCCGAUCACGAUCACGAUCAUGAUCACGAUUAUCCGGAGCAUCCACAUCCCGCACCACACUUUGAGCACGACGAUCACCAUCACGAUCAUUAUCCCGAUCAUUAUUCGGACUCUUUUCCCACUUAUCCCCACUUUCCAGAAGUCUCGUAUCCCGAACUAAUCUACGAUGAUCAUCAUCCGCAUCAUUAUCAUCAUCCACCACCACCGCCGCCACCAACAACGACGCCGCCACCACCACCUCCGCCACCGCCACCACCACCACCAGAGCCUCGUGUAAAGAAGUACAGUUAUUUCUAUAUUGGUCGCAAACUCUGGUAUAUCCCAUUAUACUUUACCGUGUGGUUCAAUUUCUAUAUUUUGUGGCUCAUCAUCAAGUCGAUUGGACGACAUAAGGUCAACUUGCCAAAUCAUUAUGUGACACGGCGCAGUUUGCCCGACUAUUCGCAGCAGAGUCGGGAUGAGUAUAUAAAUGAGAUGACUGUCAAGGUGCUGGAACAAAUAGAUAACUUUAAGCUUAAGUAUUUGAACUGACUAACGACACCAACAACCAACUCUAGUUACGGCUAAU